AUGUUUUCUUUCUUCAAGUUCUCCGUUGCGUAUAUCCUCGUUCAAUUAUGCCAUCUUAUCACCGCAGCAAAUCUCACAAUCCUCAUAGGUGACUCCUCGUUUGUGUCCGUCUCGCCUCAGAACUUGACUGUCGUCCCACCUGCCGUCGUGCGAUUCUCCUUUCAAGGAGGAAAUCACAGAGGUUUUGACUCUGGAUUUGUGACUGUUUUUGCUGACUUUAACGGAUCAACCCCUUUCUACGAGAUUGACGUCACGGAUAGUGAUCCUAUAAUCUAUUAUUCCAGUCAAACAAAUGAGUGCAAAGAAGGGCUGGUGGGAGUCAUCAACGCGAAUGACACUCUUCUUGGACAGUAUAUCUCUGCCGCGGCUCGAUUCAACGGUUCAGCAACUACAACGACGUCCGCUUCCCCAAGCUCAGCAGCGACAUCCCAAGUCAGCUUGUCGACGUCUUCGCCAACGAUCUCGAGCGCUGCUUCCACCUCGUCUAAUGCCCAGGCACCGAGCACUGUCAAUAUAUCGGGAGAUGCUAUGAUAGCAGGUAUCGUCAUUGGAGUUGCAGCACUCUUCCUCGUCACAGCUGGUCUCUGUAUUUAUUGGCGGCGCAAGCAUUCGGAAUCUAGGGAAGGCAAGAGUUCUGACACAGAAGGGUUUACGGACUUGCCGGAAGUGGGCGAACGACCUGAGAGACUGACUGGAUUGGGUAUUCAAGAAGUUGGCGGGUGGGAGAGACCGCAUGAGAUGAGUGAGCAGGGCCUGCAGGAAUUGGGAACUUUGGAGAAACCCCAGGAGAUGAGUGGGAAAGGGAGGAGUGUUUAUGAACUUGAGUCCUCGAAUUGGAUAUGA